AUGGGUGAGGAUGGGUGUAAGGAUGGGUGUAAGGAUGGGUGUAAGGAUGGGUGUAAGGAUGGGUGUAAGGAUGGGUGUAAGGAUGGGUGUAAGGAUGGGUGUAAGGAUGGGUGUAAGGAUGGGUGUAAGGAUGGGUGUAAGGAUGGGUGUAAGGAUGGGUGUAAGGAUGGGAUGGGUGUGAGGAUGGGUGAGGAUGGGUGUAAGGAUGGGUGUAAGGAUGGCUGUAAGGAUGGCUGUAAGGAUGGGUGUAAGGAUGGGUGUAAGGAUGGGUGUAAGGAUGGGUGUAAGGAUGGGUGA